AUGCUUUACCUUGUUGGCCUAGGCCUCUCUGACGAGACAGACAUUACGGUCAAAGGUCUCGAAAUUGUCAAGAAGGCUUCGCGGGUGUACCUGGAGGCAUACACUAGCAUCCUCUUGGUCGACCAGGCAGUACUUGAAAAAUACUAUGGCCGUUCAAUUGUCAUUGCCGACCGCGAAAUGGUCGAGAGCCAGAGCGACGACAUCUUGGCCAACGCGCAGACCGAAGAUGUAGCUUUCCUCGUUGUAGGCGACCCCUUUGGUGCUACAACACACACCGACCUUGUCCUGCGCGCUCGCGAACUGUCCAUCCCUGUCUCCUCUGUUCCGAAUGCCUCCAUCAUGUCCGGCAUCGGUGCCUGUGGCCUUCAGUUGUACAACUUUGGACAGACGGUUUCCAUGGUAUUCUUCACCGACAAUUGGCGCCCAGAUAGCUUCUAUGAUCGGGUAAAGGAAAACCGCGACAUUGGCCUUCACACCCUCGUCCUUCUGGACAUCAAGGUCAAGGAGCCCAACUUGGAGAGCCUUGCUCGCGGCCGGAUCGUAUAUGAACCCCCUCGCUAUAUGACCGUUGGCACCUGCGCCAGCCAGAUGUUGGAGGUCGAGGAGAAGCGCAAAGAGGACGUUUAUAGCGAAGACAGUCUCGCCAUAGGCGCCGCUCGCGUUGGCGGUCGCGACCAGGUGUUUGUCGCAGGAACGCUACGGGAGCUGUGCGAUGCUGACGAGAGGCUCGGGUUGCCCUUACACAGCAUGGUUCUGUUGGGACGGCGGACACACGAGCUGGAGAACGAUUUUGUCCGCGACUUUGCGGUGGACAAGGAGAAGUGGCAGCGGUUGUGGGAAUCGGAAUACCAGAACAAGCAAUAG